UCUCCAUGUAGUACUAUUCUAGCUACGGUGCGACUUUAUAUAGCGUGUAAAACCCCGAUUUCGCCUGAGAUCGGGAGAAAAUGAGCGCUAACCAGAGGGUUAGGCUGAACACGGCAUCCAGCGGCAGCGGGUCCGGUUCAAACGAACCGGAUAUUUUCAACGAGAGAGUGCUUUUGUUAGUUAUGGAGUGGAUGAAAUGGGAUGUUCAAUUGCUUUGCCGGACGGCUUCCGUUUGCCGGCGACUUCGCGCCAUGGCGAAGCGGUUGUUGUGGCGGGAGCUGUGUUUGUUCCGGGCGCCGAGGAUAACGGAGACAUUGUCUAACGGUGUUCACAGCAGCCGGAUGGGCGGUGGUUGGCCGGCGUUAGCCAAGUUGCUGUUCUUCUGCGGCGGUUGCGAAUCUAGCCGGAAUUUCGUGUUAAGCCGGCCUAAACCGGGUCAUUUUGUGAUGGAAUCCCGGUUCUCCAAAACAUCCGGUCGGAGCUUUUUGAUGAAACGGUGUCGUGGCGACUUGUUGUUUGUAAGCGAUCCCUGUGAGCAUCGGAUGGGGGAUAGGGAGGAUGAUUUAGGGGUUUUCCGAGGGGUAUUUCGGGGAUUUCGUGAAUCGAAAACACGUGCCUGUUUGAUAGCGAGACAAGUGGCGUUGGAGGAGAAGGACAGGUGUCCGUAUUGUGGGGCCCGUGUUUGGAGUAUGACGACAGCCGGUUUAGUUCCUAGGAAUGCGGCUAAACGGCUCGGCUCACACGAAGGCGCGCUGGAAUAUUUCGUUUGUGUGAAUGGGCAUCUGCAUGGCACGUGCUGGUUAGCACCUUUAUCGUCGGAUGAAGGAGUGAACGGUGACGAUGAAAUUGAAGAAUAUGAAAUGGAUGGUAGUUAUGGUAGUGGCGGGACCGGAAAUAAUUCUGGUGGGGUCACUGAUGGGUUUUUUGAUGAUCCGACGGCUGGAAAUAGGUUCCAGUAUGAUGUUUAUAAUGGUUGUACAACUAGAUAAGAAUUCUUUCGGUUUCACUGGAUCAUUUCCAACUAUACCUUUUUUAGAGCUGAAAUUUCUAUUGUAGAGCAAACGACGUCGUUUACCUAAUCGAUGUGAAAGUCAAUUCGGUUUUGUUGCUCUGGUUUUAAUUUUCCCCUGGAAAAGGAAGUUUAGCAAAACCUUGAUCUGUAGGUGCAGCUGUUAUUGGUCGUACGCUACCACAUAAUUUUGUUAAGGUUUAAUACAUUU